AUGACGACGACGACGACGAUCUCCAAUCUUCCAAGAGAUUUACUAGUGGAGAUUGUCUCUAGGGUUCCUUCAAAAUGUAUGAGAAAAGUGAGAUUAACUUGCAAAAAGUGGAACACUUUAUCCAAAAGUCGGAGCUUUUCGAAGAUGCGAUUAGGUAAAGAAGCUUCCUCAGCAAGGCAAGGGGAAUCUCCGAUGGUCGUAUUGAUGGACAACGAUCUUCAUUUGGUGAGCUUCUUCGUAGACAGAGAAAAUCCGUCUACAGAGAAUAAAGGCAAACUUAAUAAAGUCGAGAUAUCUCAAGUAUUUCACUGCGAGGGUUUAUUGCUAUGCAUUUUGAGAAACGAUACCAAAGUUGUGGUUUGGAAUCCGUUUUUGGGGCAAACAAGGAGGAUCGAAACCAGAUAUUCUUACCGGGGAGAGAAGGGAAUGUUCAAAAACAUGUACGUGUACGCAAUGGGAUACGUUAAUAAUAAGAAGAAAUCUCUCCGAAGCUACAAAAUCUUGAGAGAAGAGAAGCUUGCGGUUUUGCUUACACACGACUUAAUAUAUCCAUAUGAUUUUGGCGUAUGGAUUACUAUUAAGAUUGGUCCAGAAGAGGUUUCAUGGAGCAAGUUCUUGAGAUUGGAUACGACGACGACACCUCAUUAUCCGAUUUCAUCUCCUUGUUUCUUCGUUGACGAGGAAAAGAAAGUCGUCAUGGGUUUUGAUGAAGACCGUGAAUGGAAACGCCACACACUUAACAUCGUUGGAGAGGCUGGAUACUUGAGAAAGUUGUUUCUCAGCGGGGACAGGAAAAAAAACAUUGGCCAAGCACACAUGUGUGCUCUUAUGCUCCAAGUAUAG